AUGGGGUACCAGAGCCUGCGGCUGGAGUACUGCCGCGCCUGCACCACUGCCUGCACCCUCACCACCGCAGCCGUGCAGCUGGAAUGGAUCACACCUUCUCAGUUGUACUUCAGUCCCGAAUGUAUCUUUAAACGCUUUCAGGUAUUGCAGUUGGACGCAUAUAUUUUUUCUUGGAAGAUGUAUUUCCCAAUCAGCCUAGCGGAAUAAGAAUUCUGAAAACACCAUCUAUCUUGAAAGCUAUUUUUGAUACACCAGGUGAGGAUCCAAAUUACAAUCCACUACCUGAAGAACGGCCAGGA